AUGGAAGGAGGAAAUCACACCACAGUCACUGAAUUCAUCCUUUUGGGAUUCACAACAAAUCCCAAAGUGCAACUGAUACUCUUUGUGGUGUUUCUCAUCAUUUAUAUAGCUAGUCUAGCUGGGAACAUUGCACUCAUUCUUCUAAUCUGCAGCAGCUCUCACCUCCAUACGCCCAUGUAUUUCUUCAUUGGGAACCUUUCCUUCCUGGAUCUGUGGUAUUCCUCCGUCUAUACGCCAAAGAUUUUGGUGAACUGCAUCUCUGAAGACAAGAGCAUUUCCUUUGGUGGUUGUGCCUCCCAAUUCUUCUUCUCAGCUGCCCUUGCCUAUAGCGAAUGCUACCUUCUGGCAGCCAUGGCCUAUGAUCGUUAUGUGGCCAUUGCUAAGCCACUGUCCUAUGCCACUGCCAUGUCCAGAAAGCUGUGCACAGCACUGGUGGCCCUUUCAUAUCUAGGGGGGUUCAUCAAUGCCACUGUCCUUACUAGUGAAACCUUCACAUUGAGCUUCUGUGAUGGCAAUGUCAUUGAUGACUUCUUCUGUGACGUACCUCCUCUGGUGAAGCUUUCCUGUGAUGUGACUGACAAUUACCAGACUAUGCUGUACGUCCUCCUGACUUUAAACAUCAUUGCCCCUUCAGCCUUCAUCCUUGCCUCCUAUAUCUUUAUCCUAGUAGCCAUCUUGAGAAUCCGCUCCACUGAUGGCAGGCGCAAAGCCUUCUCCACAUGUGCUUCCCACCUGACAGCUGUCACCUUAUACUAUGGCUCCAUCCUCUUCAUUUACUCACGCCCCAGUUCCAGCUAUGCUUUGGAGCGUGACAAAUGGGCUUCCACAUUCUACACAGUGGUCUUUCCCAUGCUGAAUCCCCUGAUUUAUAGCUUAAGGAACAAGGAUGUGAAAAAGGCUGUGAAGAAGUUGAUGACAAGAAAGACAGAUUUCUAA